ACCGGAUUCGGGAGCUUUGGAGUCGCUGCGCUUGUGCUGGCGGAUAACGAAGACCGGCCGAUUGGGCUUUCUUCCUAUCUUAUUCCAGAACAAGCCCCAGACACAGAUGACUCAGUUUGGAGGCCAUUAAUGAGAGCUCUCGAUCUCUGAUUGUGGAUAACAGAUGCCUGUGUCACCGCCACCACCACCUCCUCCUCCUCCUCUCCCACCCUCUUCCUCUGGAGGACCACCACCUCCACCUCCUCCUCCACCACCACCACCUCUUCCAUCCUCUUCCAGAGGUCCUCCAUCGCUGACUUCCCCUACUUCUUUUUCAUCAUCAUCUGGAGAUCAUCCUCCUCCUCCACCACCACCACCACCACCACCACCACCUUCAUUUCCUGUGACAAACACAGAACCACCCAAAGUGAAAAGGGAGGAAUCCAAAAGUCGAAGUGCUUUAUUACAUGAGAUCCAAAGAGGGACUCGACUGAGAAGAAUAAGCCAGAUCAAUGAUCGCAGUGCUCCACAGAUUGACACUGACAGAAGAAGGCCCAGCAAAGAUGGAGGAAGCUCUGGAAAUUGUAGCACUGAAAUACCUCAGGCAUUAGGGAACCUUUUUGCAGAAGGAUUCCCUGUUCUGAGACCAGUGGGCCAAAGAGACUUAGCAGUGAAUAGGACCGGAAAGCCACCUAUUGCCAAAACAGCCCCAGUCCCACUCAACAAUAAUGGGAAGUCCAGUGGCAACUUUCAGAUCUCCCCAAGUGGCCCUAAGCAAGCAGAUGAGUCAGAAGCAUCCAAGAUCCAGAGUGCUAUGCCAGCUCACCCCAGUAUUCCUGCUCCUCCUGCUCCUACUUCAGUUCCAUCUCCUCCUUCUCCACCUCCUCCUCCACCACCACCACUAUUACCAUCUCCCUCUGGCAAACCAUCACUUAUCUUUCCCCCUCCUCCCCCUGUACCACCACCUCCUUUUGAGCAUCCUAAUAAGUUCCCUUCUCCAGACAUGGCGGCUGCUGCUGCUGCAUCCUCUCAGAUUAGAACUCCUAAAAGUCACGUCUCCCCAUUGCACAUACCAUCUCCUCCACCAUUACCCUUGUCUCCAUCAUCUCCCUCUGGGCUUCCAGGGAAAAUUAAUGAAUGUUCCAGCCCAAGCUCCCCCCAGCUCGAUCUAAAACAUAAUUCUCCCCCCAUGCCGCCACCACCACCACCUCCUCCUCUCCCAGGACCUUCUAUGUCUACUUUUUCUUUAACUAGAACCUCAAUGUUUUCACCACCAUCACCAACAUGUGCCUUGAACAGCAGCAGCGAUUCUGCUUCCCUAAUGCCUCCCAAGAGCCAGUUGCAAAAGCUCCCCAUUCAAUCAGUGCCUCUUCCCUUUACUCCCCCAAGCACACAGCAAGCUCCUGCAAUGCAGAAAAGGAGACAAGGAAGAGGUGGAGCAAAAUUGAUGCCACCACCUGUUCCUCCUGCAAGGUCUCCCACAACUGAGCUCACAAGCAAAUGCCAAUUCACACAAGUAUCUCCGUGGACACCAGCUACUCAGGACCCAGAUGAUUUUGAAUCGAAAUUUACUUUCCAUCCCGUGGAAGACUUUCCUCCACCAGAGGAGUUCAAGCCUUUUAAGAAAAUUUAUCCUAGCCAAGAAGUGAGAAAUAAAGCAAGCAACCCCCCUUUACGACCGCAAGCGAGAUGAGAUCAACAAUUUAAGGGUAUUCCAAAAAAAAUCAAGAGGUCACCGAUUGCAGUAUAAAAUGUAGGGCAUAUUUUUGUUAGUCAUGAGAUAGGUACAGGCAAAUAUGGCACUUAAAAGACUGCUGGAUGCAGAUGGGCCAGAAUGAGAGUGCAUGUUCAGUUAUAAAAAAGUUACAACAUAAUGUAUUUUGAUUUAAAUUGCUUUAAAACUGGCCUGAAUUUUAUUUUUAAAAUGGAGUAUUGUAAUUUACAUAGCUGUUCAUUCUUAUAUGGUAUAUUUUGGUACAGUAAAAUUGAUUGCCUGUAUUGUAUGCAUUUCAGUUGCCCAUGGAGUUUCUGUUGUAAUUAAUUCAUUAUUUCCAAAUUUGAUUUACUGAUUUACAUUGUAUAAUAUAUAAAUUUCUGGCAAGA